AUCAUUUAUUAAAUUAAUAAUUUUAAAAAACAAUUGUGAGUUGAUUAAAAAUGAAUUGUUACACUGAACAAUAUGUACACUAAUAAUUGCAUUAAAACAUUUUUUUGAAUAAUUUUAUCCUCUAUACUUAGUACAAUAAUCACUACCUAUUAUAAUACUAUACUAUUAUCUUCUUAAACUGUUAUUAAAUAGACUGCAAAAUUGAAGGUACGUGGGAUUGGUGUUCUCCACCCGUGCAUCUCUUUUCAUCCCUUGGUGCACGGUCUACUGCACUACAUAUGGGUCCAAUGGAGCCAGAUUCGCCUUUGCCUAAUCGGCUAACACACGUCUCUGAUAAACAUCCUAGAUGUAUGUUAGCCGAAUUCAGUUCUAUGCGUCGUCAUCGUGAAUUAUGUGAUGUUGUUCUCAAUAUUAACAAUCGGAAAAUAUUCGCUCACCGUAACAUUUUAUCUGCUUGUAGUCCAUACUUCAGGGCUAUGUUUAAUGGAGAUCUAGCUGAAUCUCGACAAACAGAAGUCACUAUACGUGAUAUGGAUGAAAUAGCAAUGGAGCUUUUAAUUGAAUUUUGUUAUUCCGCUCGAAUUACAGUAGAAGAAUCUAAUGUCCAAACUCUUCUUCCAGCUGCUUGCCUAUUGCAAUUAACUGAAAUACAGGAUAUCUGUUGUGAGUUUUUAAGGAGACAACUUGAUCCAUCAAAUUGUCUUGGCAUCAGAGCAUUUGCAGAUACACAUUCUUGUCUUGAUCUUUUACGUGUUGCCGAUAAAUACACACAACAUAAUUUUCAAGAAGUCAUGGAAAGUGAGGAAUUUCUUCUUCUUCCAGUUACACAACUAAUUGAUUUAAUUGCCAGUGACGAACUUAAUGUGAGAACAGAAGAGCAAGUUUUCAGCGCAGCAAUGUCUUGGGUCAAGUAUAAUAUUUCUGAGCGAAGGCAGAAUCUUCCUCAAGUACUCCAGCAUGUACGAUUACCUUUGUUAAGUCCCAAGUUUCUAGUUGGCACUGUAGGUGCAGACUUAUUAGUUCGUAGUGAUGAAACAUGUAGAGAUCUUGUUGAUGAAGCUAAAAACUAUUUAUUGUUACCUCAAGAACGACCUUUAAUGCAAGGACCACGAACUCGACCUCGUAAACCUACUCAAAGGGGACAACUUUUAUUUGCUGUUGGAGGUUGGUGUAGUGGAGAUGCUAUAGCUUCAGUUGAACGUUAUGAUCCACAAACAGAGGAUUGGAAGUUACAGGCACAAAUGAGUAAACGAAGAUGUGGUGUUGGAGUAGCUGUACUUAAUGAUUUAUUGUAUGCAGUUGGAGGACACGAUGGCCAGUCUUACCUUAAUAGUAUAGAACGAUAUGAUCCUCAGACCAAUCAAUGGUCAUGUGAUGUGGCUCCUACAACUUCAUGUCGAACAAGUGUUGGAGUGGCUGUUUUAGAUGGUUUGCUAUAUGCAGUUGGAGGUCAAGAUGGUGUACAAUGUUUAAGUCAUGUUGAACGUUAUGACCCCAAGGAAAAUAAAUGGAGUAAAGUGGCCCCUAUGACAACUAGAAGAUUGGGUGUUGCUGUGGCAGUACUAGGAGGUUAUUUGUAUGCAAUUGGUGGAUCAGAUGGACAAUCACCAUUAAGUUCUGUUGAACGUUAUGAUCCAAGACAAAAUAAAUGGACAGUAAUGGCACCAAUGUCAACAAGAAGAAAACAUUUGGGAUGUGCUGUUUAUAAAGACAUGAUAUAUGCAGUUGGGGGGCGUGAUGAUUGCAUGGAAUUAAGUAGUGCUGAAAGAUAUAAUCCACAUACAAAUUCAUGGUCUCCAAUAGUUGCCAUGACAUCUCGUAGAAGUGGUGUAGGCUUAGCUGUAGUGAAUGGACAACUGUAUGCUGUUGGUGGAUUUGAUGGUACAGCUUACCUAAAAACAAUUGAAGUUUAUGAUCAGAGUCAAAAUCAGUGGCGACUUUGUGGUACAAUGAACUAUCGACGACUUGGAGGCGGUGUUGGAGUAAUGAGAUCACCUCAAACAGAUAACAAUUUUUAAACUAUUUCGGAUUACAAAAUCUGUUUAUUUUAUUAUAUAACUAAUAAAGUAGAAUAAUAAGUUGUUGA